GGAUAUUUCAAACUGUGGGCGUCACAUUUUGACUUUAUUUCCUGUCAGGUUUCUUCUUCUAAGAAGCAAAGCAAAGAUGUGGAGCCUUCAGAAUCUCCUGUUUACCAUCUGCAUUGCUCUGAUAUGUGUGACCAGUGCAGUGGGGGUGAUCCAUGUGACUGGAUAUCUGGGGAGUAAGGUUGAAAUUUCCUGCUCUUACGGUCCAGGUUAUCAAUCUUAUCAAAAGUAUCUGUGUAGGAACGACUGUGGUAGUGGCGAUGUUCUUAUUACAACCUCAAACCCAGUGAAAAACAAAUACAGGAUCCAUGAUGACAAAACGGCACGAAUCUUCACAACGACCAUCUCUGAUCUUCAAUCCACGGAUGCUGGGAAAUACUGGUGUGGAGUGACCAGAACUGGGAAAGAUAUCUACACUGAAGUUAAGCUGAAAUUGGUACCAGACAGCUGCUGUAACAGUGUGAAAGAAGUUGAAAGUUAUGCAGGAUAUUCAGUGUCCUUCAGUUGUCCGUAUGAGUCUCAAUACCAGAACAACCUGAAGUACAUCUGCAAAGGAACACGGCCCUCCAUAUGUCUGCAACAGGCACUAAUCACCUCUGACAACAAACAAAAUGGACGAUUCAGACUUAAUGAUGAAAACAUGUCAACAAAAUUCACAACAAAGAUUAGCAGUUUGACCCAAAGUGAUUCAGGGCGUUACCUUUGUGGCAUCCAAAGAAACUCUGACCUGCAUCUUUUCUGUGCUUUUGAGCUGAAAGUUAAAGACCACUGCUGUGAUACUGUGACCAAUAUUGAAAGUUAUGAGGGAUAUUCUAAGUCCAUCAAUUGCCCUUAUGAGAAUCAGUACCGGAACAACCUGAAGUACAUCUGCAGAGGAAACCGGCCCUCCACAUGUCUGCAGCGGGCACUGAUCACCUCUAACAACAGAGAAAAUGGACGAUUCAGUCUUGAUGAUGAAAAGAUGUCAAGAAUAUUCACACUGACAAUUAGCAGUUUGACCCAAAGUGAUUCAGGGUAUUACCUUUGUGGUGUUCAAACAAACUCUGACCACGAUGUUUUCUCUGCUGUUGAGCUAAGAGUCAAAGAGUGGUGCUGUGUCAGGUCAACUGAAAUAACAGGUACUGUGGGACAUCCACUAACUCUGCAGUGCCCUUAUCCUCAACAACAUCGGGAUAACAACAAGUUCCUCUGUAAGGGAGACCACCGCAACAGCUGCAGAGACAUGGUGAUGAGUGAAAGCAGAUUCGCACUACAAGAUGAUAUUUAUUCCAGCUCUUUCUCAGUGAUGAUCACAAAGCUAGAAGAAGCUGAUGCUGGGACCUACUGGUGUGGGUCAGACUCACGGUGGAGAGUUGGAAACUAUGUUAAGAUUCAGCUGUCAGUCGUCUUUCUGCAGCAUACCAGCACUGUUUCUUCUACAGUAAAAACUCCUGGAAAAACUGUACCUCCUACAGUAGAAAAUCUUGGACAAACUAUAACUUCUACAAUGAAAACUCUUGGAAAAACUCAAACACAAACUCCUAAUCAACCUAUUAAAGAUUCAGCACUUUAUGUUCUUUUCGCCGUUCCCCCUAUUCUGCUGUUAUUGAUAGGUAUCCUUGUGGUUGUCGUUUACAAGUGGAAACAUCACAAAGUAAAAGAAGGUGAAGCCACCGUGGACAGAAAUGCACUCAAGGCAGAAGGUUCAGAGGAAGUGAUGGGUGCAAUGGAAAAUAAUAUUUAUGGAAACCGAGAAGUUGUGAUGUACUCGAAGAAGCAGACCUCCAAACAACAGAGUGCCUGUGCCCAAUAUGAAGAUGAAGAACAAGUCUAUGAAAACUUCACAACAUCUGAAGACAUCUACUGUAAUGGAAAUUUCCACAAAGCCAAUAGAAAAUAAUCAGUCUAAGGAGUUUGGAAAGAAACACGUCUGGACUUUAGAGAAUUCCACCAAUUGCUCUUAGAACUAAAGAAGCUUCUCGGAUGAGAGAUAAAACGUGUUCAAGAAACUUCCAGAUGCUUUUCUUUCCAGCUCCUUAGACUGCGAUGACCUGGAUGAACCUUCACAUAAAAUAAACAGAGUUUUAAUUUGAGGUCAAACUGUGGGUCUUACCUAUAUAGAGAUUAAUCUACUUGAUUGAUCAGUAACAGUUACACAACAAAUCUUAAUAUACAGUGAUCCAGCUGUCUUAUUUUCUCAGUGAAACUUUGUUGUGUUUACUGUUUUAUCAUCACUUCUUACUCUUUUGCUAUUAACUUUACUUUAACUUUUAUUGCUUAGUUGUAACAGAAAUCUGCACUCUUUUUCUGAACUUGAACUCAAAUGCAAAUGACUAACACUAGUGCAAAGUAAAUAAAUAAGCAAAGCAAAAUGAA